UCACUCUUCAGUAGCAUUAUUUUUUGGAAUAGCCCAUACAUUAUAAAAUUCAUUUUAUUUGUUGCUUCAGAAACAGUAUGCCAUAAUAUGUCUCUAUAAGACUUAGGUUUGAAUAGACAUUGAUAAAGUAGCCUAGACACUAACAGAAAGCAAAACUAAAGGAAACCCCUUGAGUUGCGUAGAUUUAGAACAGAUUCAGUUCAUUCUAUGUACUGAUGCGCAGUCAUCAGUCGACAGUUGUGAGAUCGGAUGAGACAUUUACAUUUAUUCAUUUAGCAGACGCUUUAAUCCAAAGCGAUUUACAAUUGAGGUAAACUAUGUAAGCAAUUGGAACAACAACAAAAAACAAGACAGUACAACUGUAUGGAAAUUACGUGGACAUAACCAUGUAAAAUAUCGUGAGAACCUCGUUUUUCUGUGCCCGCAUCUCAAUAAGACAGGAGACAAGAUUACGCGCUUUUUGAACUGACCUACUGAGAGCACUCGGAGAAUGCCUUGCUGUGCCAUAAAGAGCCUUUUUACAGUUUGGUGAUUUUCUGAAACAGGGAAUGUUUUUGGCAGGAAGAUAGCUGACAUUGAGUCGUAAGCCUUUUAUCUGCCUUACACAAGUUAAGCCUGAAACCUGGACUGAAAAUGACUGCAAUUCCAGACAUUUCGUCUCGGUCAGAGACCGGCAUAAAAACAUGCAACCAGAGCUCUCCACACUAUUCCCCUGAAGCCACCGCUGCGUUUGCCACAGCCAUGAUGCUCGUAAUCCUCUUCACCAUCUUUGGAAACAUUCUGGUAAUCAUCGCCGUUCCGACGUGCCAUUCUCUGCGAGGGCCGCAGAAUCUUUUCCUGGUCUCACUGGCCGCAGCAGACAUUCUGGUGGCCACAUUAAUCAUCCCGUUUACCCUAGCUAAUGAACUCAUGGACUACUGGUACUUCACAUCGGUUUGGUGCGAGAUCAUCUUGGCGCUCGAUGUGCUCUUCUGUACCUCCUCCAUCAUACACCUGUGUGCCAUCAGCCUGGACCGAUACCUUUCUGUCUCCCGGCCGAUCCUGUACGGCACCCAGCGGACUCCUCGCAAGAUCAAAGGGGCAAUUCUGGUGGUGUGGCUCAUCUCUGCUCUCAUCUCAUUCCCCCCUCUUAUCUUCAUGAACAAUGUCAUCAAAUGUAAAUGUGAACUGAAUGAAAAGCGGUGGUACAUCCUCUACUCCUCCAUCGGGUCCUUCUUCGCUCCCUGCCUCAUCAUGAUCCUGGUGUACAUUCGCAUCUACCAGAUUGGCAAGAAGCACAUGCGAUGUCCUCCAGGAGAGCCCAGGAAGGAUGGAGCGGGUGCCAUCCCACAGGCAGCAGUCCAAAGAGGCUCACUAGACAACGGCAAAGCACAGGGAGGUGUCAAUCUUGUGAAUGCCUCCAUUCUGGCUCCCUCGUCCUCCGUUCAGCCUGCUCUCAGAACCGAAACGGUUACAUACCAGCCGCAUCUACCCGCCGUCGAAACCCAGCAGCAGAUGAAACCCCCGAAGAAGAAAAGGGGCAACAACAAUGAGGACAGUUCAAGUUCUGGCUCAGAUGAAGAGGUUGAGAGGAGACACGAUGCCAACGGGACGACCUCCAAUGUGGGGACGCUGGAUCCCGGCCACCAAACUUCCCCCAUCCUGAACGUAAUUGCUACAUCAAAGGGGAUCCAGUUGGCAUUUCCAAACAACCAGCAGACACCCGCCGGGAGGCCAAACACAAGGAAAAAAGCCAUGAUCAGCCAAGAGAAGCGCUUCACCUUUGUUCUGGCGGUUGUUAUUGGAGUUUUCGUCAUCUGCUGGUUUCCAUUUUUUUUCACCUACAGCUUGACGGCCGUUUGUCCGGAGGCCUGUAAAGUGCCCGAACCACUUUUUAAAUUCUUCUUCUGGAUUGGCUACUGUAACAGCGCGUUGAAUCCGCUCAUCUAUACCAUCUUUAACAGGGACUUUCGGAAAGCAUUCAAAAAGAUUUUGUGCAAAAAGUGUAAUGUUUUUUUGUCUUUAGAAAAUCAAUCCUUCUCUAUAGAGCAGUGAUUCUUCUGAACGUGAAAAUGUGUCACUCAUCCCCCCCAAAAAAUGUGUCAUAAAGAAAUGAAAGGCCUACUAUGUUUUUUUACGAUGGGAAAAAUGUAUGAUAUUCAA